ACUCACACUCCGGACAUCGCCAACCUGCCUCACCCCCCCAAAAAAAAAAUUACCUCUCCACUUCCUUUCCUCUAGUAACGGAAUUUCAAAUUAGUGCGCCCACCACAUUCCAGAAUAAAAAAAAGAAAAAAAAAAAAAGAAAAAAAAAAAAAGGAAUCAUUGUAAAAGAUUAGUCUCGAAGCAGCCACACAGCCUUGGGAGAGACAGGUGUUCGUUAUAUAAAGCGAAAGUUCUCCCCGUGGCCAAGCAGACUUCUCAUCGACAGCUUUGGACGAGAUGAAGGCACUGCUGUUUCUCUGCGUGGUAGCUGCGGCAACGAGCCAGCACUAUGGACUGGUGGACUUGAGGUAUGGAGGCAGUGAAUACCACUUCUCCUGGCGCCACGACGGAGGCCGGAAGUACCCGUGGGGCGCCGCUAACAGUUAUUGCUCCAACCUCGGCUACGGGUGGCAGGGCGUCAGCAUCGAGAGCUAUCAGGAAGACAAGCUCAUCUCCAGCAUCAUCGGGCAAGACCAAGUGAAGUACAUCUGGACAGGAGGAUAUCGCAGCGGCUACCAGUGGUCUUGGCCGUCCGGUCUCCCCUUCUACGGACUCAAUUGGUCCCACACUGGAGGCAACGGGUACCCUCAGCCCGACAACCGCGAGGACGGCCGCGAGUUCUGCCUGGCGGUCCUCAACAACUUCUACAACGACGGCAUCCGCUGGCACGACGUCGCCUGCUACCACGAGAAGCCCAUCGUGUGCGAACGGCGCGUCGGCUUCUACGGCUGAGGCAGCUGGCGACACCUGGCAGCUCCGAUCAAAUCAAAAUGAAUCAACCGCAAACAAUGGAUUGAAUAACAUAACUGUACAGGAUGUGAUUAUACAUAUAUGAAUAUUGUUAAUACAUAUACAAUAAAUUCCACCCUAAA